UGGGAUUGUGCCCUAACCGGUGUGAGAAAGUGAAAUACUGAAAUCACGGGAAGAACCAUCUAGUCUGAACCACACAAAAAUGGCAUCAAGAGAUCCGCCGUCGAGCCCAAAUUCGCCUUCAUCGCCGGGGUUCAGCACGGACAGGCUUCCGUUCGACACCAGUCAACCCUCCGAUGACGAUGAGGCAGCCGUUGAUCCCAACGUUAUCGGAGACGAUCAGGACGUUCCCGAGGAGGAAGAGGAAGGAGAAGAUCUUUUCAAUGACAAUUUUUACGACGACUAUCGGCAAAUGGGGGAGCAAGACCAGUACGAGUCGGCUGGAUUGGAUGACUCGCUGGUAGACGAGAUGGAUUACGGUGAACACGUGGCCGCUAAAAAUGCUGCAGAGAUGGAGCUGGACGCCCGCGAUGGUCGCACCAGUAACCGCAAGCUUCCACAGCUCCUCCAUGACCCAGAUGAUGAUGAUGACUACAGGCCUUCAAAGAGGUCUAGAGCUCUUCCGAAUUCAUUAUCUAGCUACGAUGACACUGACGGUGCGCAAAGUUCGCCAGGUAGAUCUCAGCCUGGACACUCAAGAGAUGAUGUACCAAUGACUGAUCAAACGGAUGAUUAUCCAUAUGAGGACGAUGAUCCUGAGGGAGAGUUUGAGAUGUAUCGUGUCCAAGGAACUUUGAGAGAGUGGGUUACUAGAGAUGAAGUGCGCCGCUUCAUCAGCAAAAAGUUCAAGGAAUUCUUGCUGACCUAUGUGAAUUCAAGGAAUGAACAUGGCAAUUUUGAAUAUGUGCAGCAGAUAAAUGAGAUGGUAUCAGCUAACAAGUGUAGCUUGGAGAUAGACUACAAACAGUUUAUCUAUGUUCAUCCCAACAUCGCCAUCUGGCUGGCUGAUGCACCUCAAUCUGUCCUAGAAGUCAUGGAAGAAGUUGGCAGAAAUGUUGUCUUUGAUCUACAUCCAAACUACAAAAAUAUCCAUCAAAAGAUAUAUGUUCGCAUUACCAACUUACCAGUUUAUGAUCAGAUUCGAAACAUAAGGCAGAUCCACUUGAACACUAUGAUCCGUAUUGGGGGUGUUGUUACUAGACGUUCUGGGGUCUUCCCCCAGUUGCAACAGGUCAAAUAUGAUUGCAACAAGUGUGGUGCAGUCUUGGGGCCAUUUUUUCAAAAUUCUUAUUCAGAAGUUAAAGUUGGUUCUUGCCCUGAAUGCCAAUCCAAAGGACCAUUUACCGUUAACAUCGAGCAGACAAUAUACAGGAACUACCAGAAACUUACUCUCCAGGAGAGUCCAGGAAUUGUGCCGGCAGGUCGGCUUCCAAGACACAAGGAAGUGAUACUAUUGAAUGAUCUGAUUGAUUGUGCUCGCCCUGGGGAAGAGAUUGAGGUUACUGGUGUGUAUACGAAUAACUUUGACUUGUCUCUAAACACAAAGAAUGGAUUCCCAGUUUUUGCCACUGUAAUUGAAGCAAACUAUGUCACAAAGAAGCAGGAUCUUUUUUCUGCUUACAAACUUACCCAGGAAGAUAAAGAAGAAAUAGAGAAGCUGGCUAAAGACCCCCGAAUAGGGGAAAGGAUUGUCAAGUCCAUUGCACCAUCUAUCUACGGCCAUGAGGACAUUAAAACUGCAAUAACUCUUGCCAUGUUUGGAGGCCAAGAGAAAAAUGUUGAGGGGAAGCACCGUCUCCGCGGGGAUAUUAAUGUACUUCUCCUAGGUGAUCCAGGCACAGCAAAAUCACAAUUUCUUAAGUAUGUUGAAAAGACUGGGCAGAGGGCUGUGUAUACAACUGGAAAGGGGGCUUCUGCUGUAGGUCUUACAGCUGCAGUGCACAAGGACCCAGUCACAAGGGAGUGGACACUUGAAGGAGGGGCCCUUGUGCUAGCUGAUAAGGGGAUCUGUCUUAUUGAUGAGUUUGACAAGAUGAAUGAUCAGGACAGGGUGAGUAUUCAUGAAGCAAUGGAGCAACAAAGCAUUAGCAUUUCAAAGGCUGGGAUUGUCACAUCUCUCCAGGCUCGCUGCUCUGUUAUUGCUGCUGCCAACCCAAUUGGUGGAAGGUAUGACUCCUCAAAAACAUUAUCGCAAAACGUCGAGUUGACUGAUCCAAUUAUUUCUCGUUUUGACAUCCUUUGUGUGGUUAAGGAUAUGGUCGAUCCUGUAACAGAUGAAAUGCUCGCAAGAUUUGUAGUUGAUAGCCAUUUCAAGUCGCAAGCCAAGGGUUCUAACAUGGAGGAUGUACCUUUGAGUGAAUCCCCUGAAGAUAUCCAAACUUCUGCCAGGCCAGUUGAUCCAGAGAUUCUUUCCCAAGAUUUGUUAAAGAAAUACCUAACUUAUGCCAAGAUGAAUGUAUUCCCAAAGUUGCACGAUAGCAAUAUGGACAAGCUUACACAUGUCUAUGCUGAACUUCGAAGAGAGUCUUCACAUGGACAAGGGGUCCCUAUAGCAGUGAGGCACAUAGAAUCAAUGAUACGAAUGUCUGAAGCCCAUGCCAGAAUGCACCUCAGACAGCAUGUCACUCAAGAAGAUGUGGACAUGGCAAUUCGUGUCCUGUUGGAUUCGUUUAUAUCAACACAAAAAUUUGGGGUGCAGAAGGCUCUGCAAAAGAGCUUCAGAAAGUAUAUUACUCUCAAGAAGGAUUACAACAGACUCCUCCUCAACCUUCUGCGCGAACUAGUUAAGAAUGCAUUGCACUUCGAAGAAAUAGUUUCUGGCUCUGUUUCUGGGCUUACUCACAUUGAUGUGAAAGUAGAGGACCUCCAGGCCAAGGGUCAAGAGCACGAUAUUUAUGAUCUAAAGCCCUUCUUUUCGAGCACUGAUUUUUCCGUGGCCAAUUUUCAGUUGGAUGAAGAACGUGGAAUGAUUAGGCAUCGCCUCUCGAGAUGAACAUGAUGGUCCAGUCACACCUCAUACCGUUGAUUGCUGAGUUUACAUUGCCUAGUUUUAGAAAAUAUGUCGAAAUGAGAUCAACCUUUUCUCA